AUAUUUUGUUAUAUUAUCUCCUAAUUUACAUAUAUUUAACACCUAAAUAUUUACAAAAGUUUGGUGUCAACACCCACUACCACCAUAUUUUAUUAGUUUCUCCUAAAACUCCGCACAUGGAGAAAUGAAACAAGUAUUUAAAAAUGGAAUAAGCACUUAAAACAUUAUCUCACCAAACACUAAUAUUACUUUAACAUAGUAUUUUGACCAGAUUUACAAAUUAAUAAGAGUAAUAGCUACCUUAAAAGCUAACGACGAACAGACCCUAAGUCAACAAAACUUCUUCCAAAAAAAAAAAUGGUUAGCAACUUAGCAAGACAUUUGGGGCCACAUGCAAUAAAAGAUUGUUAUGUACUGUAUCUACAAGAGUACAAGCACUAUUCUAAUCCCAUGUUUAAAAUUCCAAUUAGAAAAGCAAAGGAGGAAGAAAGAGUAAAGAGGCGAUGAAAAAAAGCUGCAGAAAGAGAUCAACAACGUGUAUGGCAGAGCCAAAUGACAUCUGUUUUACUUCUCUUAUUCUGUCAAAGACACGUUCUUCUUCUUCACUGCUUUUAUUCACUACUACUACAAUUACUACUAUGUUUUUAUUCUCAUUUGUUCAUGUUUCCUGUUGCUGUACCAAUUUCAAUGACAUCAACAAUAACACCAACACUAUGGACAGUAAAAAGUAUAAAUCCGAAGUUUGCAGCAUGCAAUCUAGAAGUGCCAGUAGCAAUUUCUCCAUGCACGAUGCAUUUCAUAUGCUUGAUGCUGAUUUCUUGAGUGACAAGAAGAUGGUUGAUAUUGUAAAAGAGGCUUCAGAAUUUACCCUCCCUAUUACUAAAGCUGAUCGCGAAUUAGUCGCUACUUCUAAUGGAGGACUGAAAUAUCCAUCUGUUUUAGUUUUUAACCCUGAUUGGGGGGCUAAGCAAGCAGAACCUGCAAAAAAAACAUUUGCCUACCCUUCUUUCCCUGACAUUCAGAGGCCUGGCAAUGAGGAGGAUAUUACCUUUAUGAGUAUUCUUGAACUGGGACAGCUCCUUAAGGCGAAAAAGAUUUCAUCUGUUGAGCUUACUGAAAUUUUCCUCAAGAUUGAAAAGGUGUAUAAUCAUGUUCUCCAAUCUGUGGUGACUGUAACAGAAGAACUAGCAUACAAGCAAGCAAAAGAAGCUGAUCGGCUGCUUUCUAAGGGUGUAUAUUUAGGUCCUCUUCAUGGGAUUCCUUAUGGAUUGAAAGAUAUAAUUGCAGUUCCCCAGUAUAAGACAACUUGGGGUUCCCGAAGUUUCAAAGAUCAAGUGCUUGAUUUUGAAGCUUGGGUUUAUAAAAGGUUAAAGUCUACAGGUGCAGUUCUUGUUGCAAAGCUUGUGACUGGUUCGCUGGCCUAUGAUGACAUAUGGUUUGGAGGCAGGACAAGGAACCCAUGGAACAUAGAGGAGUUUUCAACUGGUUCUUCUGCUGGGCCUGCUGCUUGCACAUCCGCAGGCAUGGUGCCUUUUGCCAUUGGAUCAGAAACUGUAGGCUCAAUUACUUACCCUGCUGCUCGUUGUGGUGUAUCUGCUUUACGGCCAACCUUUGGUACUGUUGGUCGAACAGGUGUGAUGAGUAUAUCAGAGAGUUUGGAUAAGCUUGGCCCUUUUUGCAGAAGUGCAGCAGAUUGUGCUGUCAUUCUAGAUAACAUUCGAGGCAAGGAUCCAGAUGACCUGUCUUCAAGGAAUAUGCCCUUUGGUGAUCCUUUUGAUGUUGAUCUCACAAAACUCACUGUUGGAUAUCUUGAUGAUUCUGAGAAGGAGGUUGUUAGUGUACUUGCAUCAAAGGGCGUUAACAUGAUUCCUUUCCAACUCAAUUACACGGUUGACUCUGUCCAAGGAAUUUUGAAUUUCACAAUGGAUGUUGAUAUGCUAGCUCAUUUUGAUGAGUGGCAGCGCUCUGGGCUGGAUGAUGCAUUUGAAGCUCAAGAUCAAUGGCCAUCUGAGCUGCGACGUGCGCGAGUCAUUACUGCAGUAGAUUAUAUGCAGGCACAAAGAGCAAGAGGAAGAUUAAUUCAAGAAGUGCGAGAAAGUUUUACAGUUGAUGCAUUUAUUGGUAAUGCAACUGACUGGGAGAAAGUUUGCAUGGGAAACCUUGUUGGCAUGCCUGUGAUGGUUAUACCUGUUGGAUUCUAUCCAAUAGCUAACUCAACUUCAAGCGACAUUCGAAGGAGAACUACUGUCACGACUGGCAUCUAUGCCCCUCCUCAACAUGAUCACAUUGCUCUCGCACUGGCUAUCGCUUUUCAUUCAAUAACUGAUUAUCACAAACAGCGCCCACCAAUUGAUGAUCUUGGUCCUAAAGAUUCGAUUUCAAAUACACCAAGUACUACCUAUCCUCCACGGCAGUUGCGAGCAUAA